GCCCUUACCGCGAGGUUUAUACGCCGUCUCCAGUUUCUCCUUCUCUCUCUUCCCCAAAACCCUAGCCGUUUUCUAGGGUUUAUCCUCUCUGUCUCUCUCUUCCCCUCCAGGGUUUCUACCCUAAAAUGAUGAAUUACUUGUUCCGGAGGUCGGCUUCGAUCGCCUCCUCGGCGUCGAGGCGAUCCCUAGCCGCCCUGGUGUCGGCGGAAUCACUCCGCCUGCCGUCGUUGAUCCCCGCGGAGCCCAUAUCCUCUGCCCCCGCCGGCGUAUUCCGGCUAUUCCCUGGCAUCGCAUCCGCAGAGAACCUUGGGUUUGGUGAUGUUCCACGGAGGGAGUUCCAUUUCUCGGCGAGGCCUCUGGAGUUCAGGGCUACCGAUGUGGCUUUCGCGGAGUACGCCGUGGAGGACUUCGACGAUGAGGAGAAGGGGAGCGCGAAGAGAGGGGACGAGGGGCUGGAGAUCGCCAAGCUGGGGAUCUCGCAGGAGAUUAUCUCUGACCUCGCGAGGAAGGGAAUCACGAAGCUUUUUCCUAUACAGAGAGCUGUUCUUGAACCAGCUAUGCAAGGACGAGACAUGAUUGGUCGGGCAAGGACUGGGACAGGGAAAACUCUUGCUUUUGGAAUUCCAAUUAUGGAUAAAAUUAUCCGCUUUAAUGCUAAGCAUGGGCGAGGUAGGAAUCCUUUGGCCAUAGUCUUGGCACCAACUAGGGAACUUGCUCGACAAGUGGAGAAGGAAUUCAGGGAAUCUGCCCCCUUGGACACGCUUUGUGUCUACGGAGGCGUAUCGAUCCAGCAGCAAAUUAGAACACUUGAUUAUGGUGUUGAUGUUGUAGUUGGAACACCUGGUCGAAUUAUUGACUUGCUUAAGAGGGGUGCCUUAAAUUUGUCAGAAGUCCAAUUUGUUGUUCUUGACGAAGCUGAUCAGAUGCUUGCUGUGGGGUUCGAUGAAGAUGUAGAGAUAAUCUUAGAAAAAUUGCCCUCAAAACGUCAAAGCAUGAUGUUCUCUGCAACAAUGCCUGGUUGGAUUAGAAGGCUUACCCAGAAAUACCUAAAAGAUCCAGUUACCAUUGACCUUGUCGGUGAUUCUAACCAAAAGUUACCAGAAGGAAUCAUGCUUUACUCAAUUGCUUCAGAUAAUUAUUCAAAGUCAUCAAUUCUUGGGCCAUUAAUAAGGGAACAUGCUAAAGGAGGAAAAUGCAUUGUAUUCACUCAAACAAAGCGUGAUGCGGAUCGGCUGUCUUAUGCUAUGGGUCGGAGUUUUGGAUGUCAGGCUCUUCAUGGUGACAUUUCACAAAAUCAGAGAGAGAAAACACUUGCUGGCUUUCGCGAUGGUCAUUUUAAUAUAUUGAUAGCUACUGAUGUCGCUGCUCGUGGAUUGGAUAUACCUAAUGUUGAUUUGGUGAUACAUUAUGAACUGCCGAACACUUCUGAGCUAUUUGUUCACAGAUCUGGUCGAACAGGGCGAGCUGGGAAGAAAGGAACUGCCAUUCUCAUUUACGCUAACCAGCAAACUCGAGCUGUCAGGGUCAUUGAGCAAGAUGUUGGAUGCAAAUUUACUGAGCUUCCAAGAAUUACGGUAGAGGGUGGAGGCGAAGACGUGUUUGGUGGCAUGGGUGGCCGGUUUGACACCUAUGGAGGUGGUCGAAUGGGUGGCUCAGGUUUUGGUCGUGGGGGUGGUUUUGGGGGCUCUGGAUUUGGCCGUUCUCGUGGGUUUGGUGGUUCCGGUGGCUUUGGUGGCCGCACUGGUGGAUAUGGUGAAUCUGGUUCAGGUCGAUCUGGUGGGUUUGGUGGUUCUGGCUUUGGCCGAUCUGGUGGUUCUGGUGAUUCAGGUUCAGGGCGUUCUGGUGGUUUUGGAGAUUCAGGUUCUGGGCGUUUUGGUGGCCGAUCUAGUGGUUUUGGUUCCUCAGAAUCAGGGCGUUCUGGUGGUUUUAGAGAUUCAGGUUCCAGGCAUUUCGGUAGCUUUGGUGACUCAGGGUCUGGGCAUUUUGGUAGUUCUGGUGACUCGAGCUCAGGACGUUUUGGUAGUUUCGGCAAGUCCAGUUUUGGGUGUUCUAACAGUUCUGGAAACUCCAGCUCAAAAGGUGGCUUCGGUGGAUUUGGUGCAAGCAAUUUUGGCACUAAUGGUGGAGGUUCUGGCAAGGAUGAUGCUGGUGAUGCCUGGCCAGGAAGAUCUUUUAUGAGCUCAUCUUAGGCUAGUAUUCUACCUAAUACAUAUUGAAGAACAUGCAAGUAUGCUGCUGGUACCAGAUGCGUGUCUUAAUAUUUUAAUUUUCUUUUACCCCUAUUGCACGCCUUAUCUGAUGAAUUGAUUCACUGCCUAAAUCAGCUUUAGAUUGCUGCUGUUUGUUGGUAACAGGCUUCCCAUCAUGUGAUGCCAUUCCAAUUCUUUUGCUGUAAUGGAUAGUGGAUGACAGCAUCCAUGGAAGUCUGAGACACUACAGAAACAGCAGCCUUGCGGCUUCAGUGAGGGGCCAGCAUCAGGUUUCAUUUCUCUCCCAAGGGUGUUUCAGGACAAGUUUACGUCUAGAUGUAUAAGCUUCAGGUUCUCUAACCACUGACAGGAAAAUAAUCUACAUGUUUUCAUCAUCAGUGAUGUAUGAUUGGUGGUUUUGGAGAGCAGUAUACCUGUAAUGUAUACCAAGAACCAUAUGGUGCUUUCUUUUCUAGUAGUUAUAUAUUUUUUGCCCAGUUUUGUUUAUUAUUAUACUCCUGCCACUUGAAAAGGGAUCGCAUUUUGGAA